AUGCCUCGGUUGAGAACCUUGAAUCUAAAUGACAAUCUCUUAAGUGGUCCAAUACCCACCUCAAUAUGUGAGAUGGAACAUUUGUGUGACUUGCACAUUGGGAGGAAUGAAUUAGUUGGUGAAAUUCCAACAUGUUGGAAGCAGAGCCCUCAGGAUCUUAUCCUUGAUAUAUCAUCUAAUAAGCCAUCCGGAGUUAUACCGAGUUCUUUAGGAAAUCUAAUUAGGCUUAUGUCAUUACACCUGAACAACAACAAGCUCCAAGGAGGAAUUCCUGUGAAAAUAAAGUAUUGCAGGAACUUGCGGAUUUUGGAUCUUGGGGAGAACAAAAUCUCCGGUAGUGUUCCACAUUGGAUUGGACCACGUUUUCCGUUACUACAGAUUCUUAGACUGCGAGAAAACAUGUUCAAUGGAAGCAUUCCUUCACAACUAUGCUUAUUCCUUGUGCUACAAAUAUUGGACAUGGCAGUCAACAAUUUGACAGGAACGAUUCCAAAUUGUCUUGGCCAUAUGAAAGGUAUGAAACUGAACAAAAGCAUAGAUGAAGGCAACUCACUCUCUCCUACUUAUGCGUCUGCAGUAGUGUCCAACUCUCCACCGGCCAUCACUCUAAUGGAUUGGACUCAAGAGCAUGUGGUGCAAGUUGUGAAGGGGGUGGAUCUCGACUACACCACACUUGAUCUAAAACUCAUGGUGAAUUUAGAUCUCUCGAGCAACAAAUUGGUUGGGCCGAUUCCAGGAGAGCUUACCUUGCUCUCCGGAUUGCAAGGCUUGAACUUAUCGCGCAACUUUCUUUCUGGCGGCAUCCCAACUAUGAUUGGAGAAAUGAGAUUGCUGGAGUCACUUGAUCUUUCAAAUAAUCACCUUUUGGGAACAGUCCCACAACAACUGAGCAAACUAAACUUGUCACACAACAACUUCACGGGGCCAAUUCCGAAAGGAAAUCAAAUCCAGACACUUGAUGAUCCUUCCAUUUAUGCCGACAAUCCUCUACUUUGUGGUGAUCCUCUACAAAAGAAAUGCCUCGAAGCAGAGGCCCCUCAAGCGCCGGAAGAAGUUGCCAAUGAAGAAGGUAAGCUUGAAAAGGUAACGUUCUAUGUAGUAAUAAUGCUCGGGUUUGUGACUGGGUUUUGGGGAGUUGUUGGCAGUUUGGUGUGCAAGAAGAAUUGGAGACGGGUGUACUUCAACUUUGUGGAUCGUAAAGUAGACAUGGUGUAUGUGAUUGUUGCAGUAAAGGUGGCCAAGUUGAGGAGGAGAUUGAGAAGAGUGUAA